AUGACGGAAAGUGAUGAAGUGAAUUCAUAUAACGGUUCCAGUUCCUGUUGCUCUUCUCGAAUACCACCUCUAAGUGAUUCGGAGCAACGCCUAUCUGAACCGGAUGGACCGAAUCACAGUUCCGAGAAUGUUCAUCAUUUCAACAGUGAUCACGUAAAAGUUAUCCCAUCAUUGCAUACAACAAUUCCGUCUGGUUAUAAAUAUCUACAGGUGCAAACUCUCACAAAGGAGACUAUCACACUUGCUGUACAUAUGAAAUGUCGUGUGGAGGAUGCAUAUUUAUGCUGUUGUGCAUAUCUUGGCUUUGACGAGGAAAGAUUGUUUGGCUUGGCGCUUCGAACACCCUCGGAAGGUAUCGGUGGUGAUCGACCGAGAAAUGAAUAUUUUUUUUUGGAUCCAAAUCGAAAAAUAGCAAAAUAUGCUCCCAAACAGUGGAAAAUAUCGCAUGCAUGGAAUGCUGUUGUUGAAAGUCGCCCAUUUUUGGCUCUUCAUCUUCGAGUUCGCAUAUUUGUGGAUAAAGCAUAUGUAAUUGGAUGCACUACAACCCUCAGGUAUUAUUAUUUGCAAUUGCGCGAAAAUCUCUUAGAUCAGUGGUCAGGUUCAAAUUCAGUUGCUGAAGAGCGCUGUUGGGAACUCGCCGCAUUAGCACUGCAUGCUGAUGAAAAUGGCAAUGAUCUGUUAUCUUUCCGAGCUGAGCGGUAUUUUCCUCUUUGGGUGGUGAACGUUCAUGGUCUCGAUUUUGUGCGACGUAAUAUGCCCGCGGUUCGCGAAGAUCUCAGAACAUGCUCAAGCAAUGAUGCAGUAAUGGAAUAUUGUCAACAAGCUUCUCGACCGCCGUUCGCCUUGAACUGUCACUUGUAUGGAUUACGAAGGCAUAAAAUGGAUACAUUUGAUAAUGCAGUUAUUGGAAUUAGUCCAAAAGGGAUCGAAACAUCAGAUGUAGGCAAUGAUGGAGAGAGAAUUCCGCUCCGUAAACUACAAUGGAAUCGGAUAGCAAAACUGAGCUUUGAUAAACGAAAAGUGACAAUAACUGGCGUGGAUGGCGUGAGCUUAUCGUUGUAUGCUCAAUUUGAGGAUAAGGCUCGCUAUUUGUUAGAAUUUUGCAAAGCUUUCCAUCAAGCAACCAUGUUUAUCAACAAUCAAUUUGCAUCUCGCCAAAACCAUUCCACAAGCAUGAAUUCGCCGCUCUUCUGCAGUGAUGAUCGUUGCUUAGAUGAUGCGCUUUAUUCUCGACGUUCGCUUAAUUCACGUGCUUCUAGUAAUAGCACAUCAGGAGUUGUUUCCGAUAAAUUAGGAAGCGAAGCCGAUAAAGAUUGUGAGUGGACUGAUACUUGCGGUGUUGCAUCAGAUUGUUCAUGUGAAGAAAUACAACCUUUUACGGUAGAAGAUCUUACCGGAGAGUUGGAGAAGACAUCGAUUCAUGCACUUCCUGAAGUUGCUGCCAGUGCUGAGGAUGAAUCAACAAGUACAGAGAGUGACACUCUCGGUAACCAUCGUCCCAAUACUUCCUCGCGAAGUAAAGAAGCAAAUUCAUCAAAAAAGGUUACUGAAGCAACAGAUGAAAAGACGAUUUCCGCCUCUUCCGAUAGCUUUGUUACGAAAAAUGCACUUCAUGCAGAAGAAAUGCAGAAUAAAGAUGGAACGGAAAAUGCCAAUAACAUCUUAGAACCCAUCUUAAAGAAGCGAUCAUUCACGGAAAGUGACACAAAUAAUGGUGCAAAUAGUAUUGUUUUGCCAAUGAUUCAAGCAAAAGUGAAUUCUUGCAGUCAGAAGGAUUAUUGCGAUGAAACAGAAAGAAGUGAAUUAACAAUGGAUGUGAUCUUAAAACAACCUCCACAGUACAAUGAAAAUCUAGAAGCUUUUCACACACAAAAUAAGCUUCAAAUUCCAUACCAUCGACCAAAUCCAAAUCCAAAUAUGAAGCCAAGAUGGAUUACUGUGGCUGGUGUUAGUUCUUCUGGACCUGCUGUUUCAUGUCCACUUGAAACAUCCACACAUCUUACUUGUUCCGAAUCGAAACUUCAUUAUCAAAUGUAUACGAGAUCGGGAUCUCCGUUAGCAUCAAUGCCUACUACUUCAUAUCAGUUGCCAAUAGCAGGAUCAUCAUCGCGUGCUUCACCUUCGUAUACACCACCUAUUAUACGUGCAGGUGCAAGUGGUGGCUUAUUUCAAAAACGUCAUGAGCAGCGUGUACCGCAUGGCAUCGCUGUUCGGGGAAUUAACCGUGUACAAAGUAUGCCAGCACAUAACUCACAGCAUUAUGUUGAUGAUGAUGAGCUGUCAAUGCCAUCAUCAGCUGCAACUUCAUCAAUUAAGCAUUCACGAUCGUCGCCGGGAACACGAUUUUCUGUUUUUACAAAACAGCCACCUCCUUACGAACACGCCGUUUCGCAGCAAGCACGUACACGUUAUGCACAGAAGAGUACGGUAAUAUGCCCAUCACAUCCAAAUAACGCACCGAAAGAUGUUUUAUCUCAGAGAAAUUCAUAUACCAAUGAUCAUGAAGAAAUGACUUUGAAUAGUCGUAUUCGUCAAUAUCCAAUGAUGAGAGCUCUGUGGCAAGAGCAUCAGCAAGGUUCUUGUGCUCAAUUAGCAACAAACUCAAAUUCGACUUCUUCCAUCACUCGUGGUGUACCAUCUGCAUCUAAUCCAAUGUUAUCCUCACUGAACGCAGUAUUGGAUGAUUCUACAACAAACGAUUCACAGCUACAGCCACCAUCUUCAUGUCAGGAGCUUUCUUCAUCUGUGUUGGUUACAGUAUCGCCACAUUUAACCUCAACCAUUUACGAUUCUCGACCAACUACAGCAUAUACAUCACGGCCAUCUACUACUUGGGCACCAGUUUAUCAUCGAGAACUUUAUGUACCUGAUCUAUCACCACCAUCCUGCUGCUAUUAUUCACCGUAUGCUGCUGGUCGAAAUCAGAUAAGAGCAGGACGAGCCGUCCGAGACAAUGAGAAGUCGCAAAAAGGUGGAUAUACUUGUCCGCUGAUACCAGUGACUCUUGCUACUCUACAUAUAUUAUUUACAUUCAGUUGGAUUAUGUCACAUUCGGUGUUGGAUUUGCCACCGCCGCCGCCCUAUCCGCCACCGCGAUGUCCACCUUCACCUUCGGCAGCAAACAAUGCACAAAUGGUUGCUUGA